AUGGCCAAGGCCUUGCACACAUUAUGCGCGAGCGAAGCGCAAGAGUGCAUCCUGCGCGGUAACUUCACGGUCGAGGCAUACACUGAGGCGCUCCUUGACCGGGUGGCCGCGCGCGACAGCGAGGUCCAUGCCUGGGCGACGCUCGACCCUCUCCAUGUGUUGGAGCAGGCACGACGGUUGGAUCGAAUACCGAAAGACCAGCGAGGACCAUUGCACGGGUUUGUCAUUGGCGUCAAGGACGUCAUCAACACCGAGGACUUUCCCACCAAGCACAACUCUCCGUUACACCAAGAUGAUCCUACCUUGAUCGACGCGACAUCUGUCGCCAUCCUCCGCGCGAACGGCGCCCUCAUCAUGGGGAAGACCAGGACCACCGAGUACGCAGUGGUGGCCGUCACGCCUGGGACCAAGAACCCCCAUGAUCCGUCACGCUCGCCAGGCGGUUCAUCAUCUGGCUCCGCAGCGGCCGUGGCCGACUACCAGGUGCCCAUUGGCCUCGGCACGCAGACGAUCGGCUCGAUCAUGCGCCCGAGCUCGUUCAACGGCGUGUACGGCUUCAAGCCUACGUGGAACAGCAUCAGCAGCGAGGGACAAAAGGUGACGAGCCCGACACUGGACACCUUUGGCUUCAUGGCGCGCGACCCUCGUGAUCUGCGGAAACUGAGCGACGUCUUUGGGCUGAAGGAUGACGAGGCGCCUAGAAAGGGGGAGAUGAUCGCGGGUCAAAAGUUUGCGAUCCUCCGACCACCCAUGUGGAAGAACGCCGGCCCCGGCACUGUCGCGGCCAUGGAAAUGGCAGGGCAGAUUCUCCGUGACGCAGGCGCCACAGUGGACGAGAUUGCGCUGCCGUCCGACUUUGAAAAUGUCCUCAAGCUGCAGACGGAUGUCCUGCGCCACGAAAUCCAGGUCGUCUUCCACCGCGAGAGCACUUGCGUCAGGGACACGAUGAGCAAGGAGUUGGUCGCUGCCACCGCGGGCAUUGAGGGAACCCCAAGACGAACGUUUCUCAGGUCGUUCGAUGCGCUAGCUGCUCUGAGGGGCAAGAUGGAUGAGAUUGCGAGCGACUACGCGGCCAUCAUUGCGCCCAGCUCGGUGGAUGUCGCGCCCGUGACCGAUACGUGGACUGGUGAUCCCCAGUUCAACGGCAUGUGGACGGGUCUUCAUACGCCCGCGAUCAACGUGCCUGGAUUCGCUGGUGAAGGCGACAUGCCCGUUGGCGUCACGCUGGUCAGUGGCCGGUAUCGCGACGAGCACCUGCUGCAGGUGGCUGCGAGUGUCGGUCCGCUUUUCAGUGAGCGAGGAGGAUGGAAGUCGAAGUUGGCGUAG